GCCAUCCUGCACCAGGAGGGGCACAUGGACGACGCCCUGACCCUCACCCGCUCCCAGCACCAGGAGUCGCAGGCGGCGCGGAUGGUUUUCAGCACCACGGGGCUCUACGGGGCCUUCAUCAGGAGCCUGGACAGCCUGCAGGGCCGCCCCCGGGGGUCUCCUCCCCCCUCGCUGCCCAUCGCGGGGAUGAUCCUGAGCCUGCGGGACCUCAUCGGGUACCUGGAGCCGCCUCCCCCCGAGCUGCGGCACGAGCAGCGCCAGGGGCGGCUGCGGGCACUGCGGGGCCGCCAGAGCCUCUUCCAGCAGGAG